AUGCCACAGCACAGCAGCUCAUUCGGCACAUUGCAAGUAUGGCCGGGGACAGCGAGACACAUCUAAGGGACCGCAGCGAGAACACCGACAUUAUUCGCCAACCUUUCCUCAUCGGUGUCUCCGGAGGCACCGCCAGCGGCAAGUCGUCUGUAUGUGAGAAGAUCAUGGAGCUGCUGGGGCAGAACAAGAUCGACCACCACCAACGGCAGGUGGCGAUCCUCAGCCAGGACAGCUUCUACAAGGUGCUGACUCCAGAGCAGAAAGCCAAGGCGCUAAAGGGCCAGUUCAAUUUUGAUCAUCCAGAUGCCUUCGACAGUGAGCUGAUCUUGCAGACGCUCAGGCAGAUACUGCAGGGGAAGACUGUUCAGAUCCCAGUUUACGACUUUGUCACUCAUUCCAGGAAAGACGAGUUUAUUACGGUGUAUCCGGCUGAUGUGGUGCUGUUUGAGGGAAUCCUCAUGUUCUACUCACAGGAAAUCAGAGAUCUGUUCCAGAUGAAGCUGUUUGUUGACACAGAUCCAGACACACGGCUGUCACGUCGAGUUCUAAGAGACAUCAGUGAGCGUGGCAGAGAGCUGGAGCAGGUGUUGGCUCAGUACAUCACUUUUGUGAAACCGGCCUUUGAAGAGUUCUGUUUACCAACAAAGAAAUAUGCAGAUGUGAUUAUUCCACGUGGAGCAGAUAACCUUGUGGCCAUCAACUUGAUAGUACAGCACAUCCAAGACAUUCUCAACGGAGGACUAAACAAGCGUCACAACGGCUGCGUGAACGGCCACAGUACCCCACGGCAGCGACGGACCUCCGAGUCAAGCAGCCGGCCUCAUUGACCUCGUCACACCUCUCUUCACAGAGCGGAGAGGGGUGUGGGGGUUGUGCUGUAAAUAAUGCCCGUUGGCAUCACUAUAUUUAAGAAGAGGGAAAAGGAAAAAGAGAGAUGCAAAAAGAAUUGAAAUGCCUUUUAUUAUUAUGACAACUCUUGUUCUUAGUUACUUUCAUUGUAAUUGUUAAACUUGGGAUUUAGUUUUGUCAGGAGGAUAAAGAGAAGCUCUUGUUAAUCUUGUGAUGAGACCAUGGGUUAAAUUUGAUCCCACGCAUUUUUGGCCCGAUUGCAUUUUGUUUUCUUUUUUUUUUUUAUGUAUCCCCUGCUGCUCCAUGGAAAUUCAUGUUGAUAAUGAAUAAAGGAGGGGAAACCUUUUUAUUUAUUAUGUCUGAUAAAACUUGAACCCCUAAUGGCCGGGGGGGAGAUGGAUUAAUGUUGCGGAGGGUUCCAAAUGAGACGGAUGUAAAUUAGUCCGACAAACCAGGAUUGCACUCUGUAUUGACAAUCUUGGGAGUGUUUCCUACCAUUUUUUUCAGUGUUUAAGUUCCCUUAUCAGGUUUAGUGUAAUCUAUUACACUAUAAGUCUUGUUUACUACACAAAGUGUUCGCCACAUUGUUUCUGUAUGUCUGCAACAGAAAAAAACACAUGCUUUUUCAGUAUCUAUUGUCACAUGCAGAGUAACGUGACUACCAAACGAAUGAAGCCAAAUGCUGGAAGGUUCAACUGACUGCAGUGUUAACUCAGACUAAUGGAAUUGUUCUGAUUUUUGAAUUGCUUGUCCCUUAGCUUAUUGAAAUGUAAUGAUUAAAACUCAUUUAUGCAGGCAUUCCUGUCUUUAAAAGUAUUUAGAUUUAUGAGCAAAGUGUUCCACUUUGUAAAUAAUACUUAUAUUCUCCCCGAGUUUAGAUGCACUCACAUAACCAAAUCAGGUCAGCUGACUGAAAGAUAACCUACUUACUCUCAGGUUUAUGACACCAGUUGAUUUGAAAUUCCAGGAAAGAGAAAUAGAUGGAGGCGUUAAGCGCCACAGCAAUAUCCCAGGUGUGUGGCCAUUAACCAACAAGACCCACCACAAUGCCUCUGUAAAGCUGCCUCAGGUUACCGUGUACAGUAAGUAUCCACACUAGAAUACAGAAUCCACUCAAAUAAGGUUAAAAUAAAACUGUUGAAUCUUGUUAAUAUGCCCUGUGCUCCGUUUUUGUUGUGUAUAGUGCAAUUGAAUGAAUGAUUUGUACCUUGAGAUUUGUACUGUAUGGCUGUUGGGUUGGGUUGCAGGGUGAUUUAUAAUUGAAUGAAGUCGUCAGUUGCUUGAUGGUUAAUAAAUUGAUGCAACUGA